AUGUACAUAAGAGCGGCUCUUUUGGCCCUGAUAUGCCCAGUUUUUGUUGCGGCUCAAGUGUUUAAUGUUCAUUCUCUGGACUUCUUUUACGAUACUGUGAAUAGUGGUAAUUACACGGUUGUUAAAUAUUACACUAAUUGGUGCUCACAUUGCAAAAGAUUGGCACCUGUGUUCGAAGAAUUGAGUGAAGCUUAUGCCAAUUCCAAUGUGACAUUUUUAGAAGUCGAAUGUGAAACGUUUGGCUCUACGAUUUGCCACAGAUUGCCUGGUUUCCCCAUGGUUGAAGUGAUUAGACCUGUUAAGAUUACUACCGAAGAUAAAGAAGAAGCUUCCGUCAGUGGUGGUGCACCACCACAUUCGUUAUGGGCCCGUUUUAAAACAUUUUUGUCCAGGUCUCACAAUCCCGCCUGGCACUUAGACUUGGAUCGAGUCGCUGAGUUUGAAGGAAGCAGGGAAUUGCCAAAUCUAACCAAAUUUGUUAACCAAGUUAUCAAAGAUCAUGAAGAGAACGAAUUGAUUGAUAAGGUUCUUGGUGGAGAAGCGUGCGGUUUAGAUUUGCAGUGUGAUAAUACUCGUGAAUACGUCGAAAAUAUCCAAGAUCUGACUCUAGAAAAUGAUAAACUCAGAAGUAUCAUGCAGAACAACGACGCGCCCCACUUGCAAACCCACAACAUUCCUUUCAAGUUGAAAAUCGUCGAGCGACUUCUGCAACGGGAUCAGCCCCAUGAUGAACUCUAA